AACUUAAGGCCUAAAACAAAAGGAGCAGGUUUAUGGUUGCGGUUCAUACACUUCAGACAUGGCUACCACCACCAGUAGAACCCUGCUGAAGGAGAUGCUGCACCUCUCUUCCACGCUUCCUUUCUCUUUUUCUCUUCGUCUUCGUGCUCUUCCAUCUCUAUCACUCUCUUCAUCUCACCUUAACUUGAACCUUCAGUUUCGGCGCUCUUGCCCUUCCACUCCCUUCACUCCAAUUCGAUGCGUUUCUUCUUCGGGUCCCGGCGAUGGCGGAAACAAGGUAUCUUCUCGUCUCUCUCAGGUUCACCAGCUUCUCCAAGAAGCUGAAGAACGAGCUCUCUCAGCUGACACUGGUCCCACUCCUAAAAUCACCUUAGAUCAUGUUACGGUGAGCUAUGCCAGAAGUGGUGGACCUGGGGGUCAAAAUGUGAAUAAAGUGAACACCAAGGUGGACAUGCGAUUCAAUGUUAAAAAUGCAUAUUGGCUAAGUGACAGGAUCAGGGAGAGAAUUAUGCAAAUGGAAAAAAACCGAAUUAAUAAGGAUGGGGAGCUUGUGAUUUCUUCCACAAGAACUAGAAC